AUGUCGACGUCAGCAAGCAAUAAUGGCCGUCAUUCUGUUACUUGGGCAGACGUUGCCAAUUAUGCAAACGAAGCUUUGCUUUCUGAUCUGCAGCACACAACGGAAGUGUUGAAGCGAGCUAAAUUAAACGAUCGUUGCAUAUCCAGUGCAUCGGAUUUAGAACCCAUCUAUCAGGAACAAACUAGAAGUUAUGGCAGUUCUUUUCAUGGCCUAGACAGUAUCGAACAAAUGCUGGAUGAUUAUUCACAAAAAAGGAAAAGUCCUGAAGACGAAUGGUAUGCAAAUUCUUUAACAAGCCAAGCGGAAAGGCCUACAGUGCAGAGUUUGUUUAGGGAGCUUGAGCAUGACAGUUGCAACAGAAGUGUCGGUGGUCUUUUAUCACAGUCAUCUGGUAUUGUUCAGCAAAACUCGUUCACGAGCGAUCCUUUGCAAUUGGAUUCGAUGUUGGGAACACUGCAAAAAGAUAUGUCAAAGCAUGGCAUCAACACGAUUCCUAAAGGCGAUUGCGCUUCGUGUGGCAAAGCGAUCGUUGGACAGGUAGUCAUAGCACUGGGCAAAAUGUGGCAUCCUGGACACUACGUCUGCUGCCAAUGUGGUGAAGAACUUGGGCAUCGGAAUUUCUUCGAGCGAGGCGGUAAAGCAUAUUGUGAGAAUGAUUAUCACGAUAUGUUCUCUCCUCGAUGUGCGUAUUGCAAUGGGCCAAUCAAAGAUCGAUGCGUGACAGCACUUGGUAAAACAUUUCACGCAGAACAUUUUGUAUGUGCAGAAUGUGGCCGGCAGUUUGGUGAAGAAGGAUUCCACGAAAAAAACGGACAACCUUAUUGCAAGACGGAUUUCUUUCGAAUGUUUGCGCCGAAAUGCAAUGGUUGUAAGAAUCCGAUCAAAAUGCAUUUUAUAACAGCACUGGGUACACACUGGCAUCCUGAAUGCUUUAUUUGUCAGGAGUGUGGAAAGGCUUUCGAAACAGGAUCAUUUUAUGAGCACGGUAAUGUGCCACUGUGCGAAAUGCACUAUCACGAGAAGCGCGGUAGUUUGUGCGCUACCUGCCAAAAGCCUAUUAAUGGCCGAUGUGUCUCCGCUGUAGGGCAGAAAUUUCAUCCAGAACAUUUCUGCUGUUCCUACUGCCGUAAGCAGCUAAACAAGGGAACAUUCAAGGAAGUGGAUCGAAAGCCAUUCUGCCACAAAUGCUAUCAAACUACCCAUCCUUAA